AUGGCAUCGCCGUCGUCCACGACCCUGCCCCGUAGUCACUUCCCCGAUCUCUCCACUUCUACUGAUGCUAAACGAGUGUCCUAUCUCGAUGUCUCUACUACACUUUUCCACAAAAAACGAAUGCUCCGCCGCAAAGCGCACAAACGCGCUGCCAUUUCCAGCAGCUUCGCUAAGCGGAAAGAGCCGAUUUUAAAGUAUCUAAGCCCCUCCAUGAGCUCUUUACCAGCUUCAAAAUGGAUCCAUUCCGAUUCAGCUGAAGAUGCAACAGUUGUUAAGUCAUUAGCGACGCCAAACAAACGUCUCAAGUCAAAUCUCCAUGUCCAGACGGACUUCUCGGCAACGUCCUCACCGUCGUCUCCGUCCAAUUUUUCUCCUGUUGCACCACUAUGUAGAAGCUCCCCAUACCCAUCAUCAGCUACAGGAAUAGCUACAGGACCUAAGAUCGUCCAGGCACCCUCACCGAAGCCUGUAGCUGCUGUGGGUCUUUCAGUCAAACCACCGGCCCCUCAUCCGUUCCGAUUGUCGGACUUCUUUUACAAGGAAAUUUUCGGCGUUCAUGACAUUAAAGAGGGUGAUGGCGUGCAUUUGGAACGCGUGCAGAAUUUUUUUGUGGUGCCGUUUAAUACCGAAAAGUUAUUUCUGUAUGGAGUGCUACUGGCUCUAGAUAGCUUUCUCUAUGUGUUCACAUACAUGCCCCUGAGGAUUCUAUUUGCGUGUGGAUGCGCUGUAACGUCGAGUUUUCAAGCACGGGUCUUUCGAAGAACGCACUUCUACGACUUAAUGGUGGCAGUCAUUAUGACAGUGGGGACCACAGUUUUGGGACAUGUGGACAUGUCGAGGGUCUACCAUGCGAUUCGCGGCCAGGCAAUGAUCAAGCUCUAUGUGCUGUUUACAAUGAUCGAAAUCUUUGAUCGCCUUUUCUCAUCGUUUGGCCAGGAUGUGCUAGACUCGUUGUAUUACACGUCCAAAUACCACCCCCAUCGAGUAAUGCGCAUGUUCCUGGACUUUGCAGUGGCGAUAAUCUACGUGGUGCUCCAUUCGCUGUUGCUGUUCGCACAGGUUGUAACCAUGAACGUCGCAGUCAAUUCAAGCAACACUUCACUGCUUACGCUGCUCAUAUUCAACAAUUUUACGGAGCUCAAAAGUUCCGUCUUUAAGAAAUUUGAGGAGCAGAAUCUUUUUCAGAUCAGUUGCAGCGAUAUCGUCGAACGGUUUAAACUUCUCACGAUUAUUGGGCUCAUUCUGCUGCAGUCAUCUACAGGAGAUGUUGCCUGGGGGACGGCCAUGGUAUGGGUGGCGGAGAUGCUGAUCGACUGGAUCAAGCAUGCAUUUAUUACCAAGUUCAACCAGAUCCCGCCCACAAUGUACUCCAAGUUUAUCACGAUUCUUUGUCGCGACCUUACGGGCUGGAAGAGCGAGGACACAAUUUUAGACCACACGCACCACGUGUCCAAGCGGCUGGGUCUCAUGUCGUUGCCUUUGGCGUGUGUGGUGUUGCGUAUGCUAUCGAAGGCUCUAGCGGACGCUCCAAUUGAGUUUACGUCGCCUAGCGGUGUAUUAGUCACAGUGGCGUUUUUCCUGUGUUUAGCAGCAUUUAAAGCGCUGCUGAGUCUUGUGCUGAUGAUUUACGCCUGCAAAUCGGGCCGAUUAGAUGACACACGUCCGAAGAGUCCGCGGUCUGUGCGCCACUUCGAGUCCAUCCACCGAUACAAGUUCUGA